UUCUACCACUCUCACACUCCUUGCGCGUUCUUGCGGGAUGAAGGUCUGCGGGUUUUUCGGGUUUUUCGGGUUGCAAAGUAAAGAAAUUAGUGAUCCGUGACUGCUUCGAAAAUAAAUUAUAUUAAUUUAUCGCAUCGUGCUACUUCUUGCCCAACUGUUUUCAAAGUGCUGAGAUUAGAUUGAAGCUCCAUUGCUCGGAAAUUCAUUAAACUUUGCCUUCUAAUUUGAAAUUCUUCUACUUCGAAGUGGUGUUUCGUUCGGUUUAGGGCAGUGAGAAAGGAAAAGAUGAAGUGGAAGUGAUAAUAAUUAUGAAGCACAAAGCACAAGAUUUCUAAAUUCCAGACGGGAGAAGAUUGGUGGCAUUCAACGGUCGGGUCGAAGAGAUUCACACAAAAGUGAGACACAAAGCAAUUUUUGUCAUCGAAAAUAAUUUGCUUAUCUAAACAGGUUGUAUUAGUAAUCAGCCCCAAGCGAUCCGAAGUGGAAGAAGUCUGAGUCAUAUUUAUUUGGGUUUCACCUGAUCUGAUAAGCAGUAACGAAAAUGUUAAAAACAAAAACGCAGCAACAGAAAAAUAUUCUGAACACUAUUAUCAGCGUCCUGCCAGACAACCGGCCGAUCACUUCCCUGCAGUUAGUGGAGGAUUUCGAGAAAUGCCCGAAGAACUUCCAGCCCAUAAAUAAAACCUACGAUCAGGAUCAAGAUGCGGAUCUGUUUCGUGAAAACAUUCUGUUCGGAAAGAGAAGCUGUCGAUAUUUGUGCCAAUCGAAAACGGAAGGUCUGCCCGAUUAUAUUCUGGAAACGUUGAAAGUGAUCGGCGAAAAAGAAGCCCUUCCGGAGGGGUUUUCACAGUUAACCCGAACGGCGGACAGCGAGCAGAAAGCGUGGCGCAAAAAGCAAUUAGUUUAUCGUCUGGCUAAGAAAGGAGUAGCCAAACAGGCGAUCACCGAUAUCAUCUUGUGUUCCAGACUGCGACAGGCGCCGGAGGGUUUUACCUUGGCCGGCGAGAUCAAUGGCAUACUGAUUUGUUACAAGACAACGCUGGUCGCCCACCGUGCUCCACCGAGUGUUCCAUCCAGACAAAGCAUCACUGAUCUCGAGAGAACGAUUGAAGAUCUGAAGAUUCAAGCAGCUCACGAUAAGCCACUACCUGCUGAACCUGUGGAUCAUGACUAUGAACAACUACUGCCAACCUAUCAACUUUCACCGAACCGCCCGGCACCCAGACCUCCGGCGUAUUCUACCGGAACGAUGAACGUUCACACUGAAAUGGAAGGAGUGCCAUUCAUAUUGAAUCCUUCUCUAUGUAAAUAUACAUUUGAGAUUCCUCCGCUGUACACCGUUGAUAGUGCAGCAGUAAAAGAAUAUGAUUUUCACCUCGAGCGACAAAUUCUCUGCACCACCAAGACAACGAAUGCUCAAAACAAAAAUCCGUUCUUCCACUAACAUCUGCCGCUUAUUCAUUGUUUGCCAAGGAAAGUGAUCUUUCGCAAUUUGCGAGAUUUGAAAGUAUAUACAUUAUAAUAUUAUACAAACCCACGUCAUCCCUUUAGGUUACGAUAGGUAAUCUUUCAAGUACUUCCUUGUAUUGUUCUAACCGUUUUGACCCAUGUCGUCCCAAUUUAUAUCCAGUUAGAAGCGUAUUUUUCUACCUUUUGAUAGAAUCGAUUAACCGCUCUAGGCAGCCAUCUAAGGUAAAACCUUAUCAGUAGAGUAUGCUUAGAGAGUUGGAAUGAGAGUUUAUUGCCCAUUUGUAUUGGUUUAAUAUAUAUACAUUGAAAUUUAUAUUUAAACCGAGAUUGAAACAACCCGCCACUGAACGUCAAUCGAAAUAGAACAGUUACCGUUACAAACGAAAGUUGCAUUUUACAGAACCACGUUUUACCAAACACCACGAAGAGUUGAUCCAUAUUAUCAUUUUGUUAUACUCCGGCAUGUCCUUGCAAACGAAUUUCCACACAUCCAUUGCUAAUGUAGUGCUAGGAUAUAUAUGAUCCACAUCAUCAGUAGAAAUAAGCACGAUUGAUUGUUCAUGUUGGUGGUAAUACCUUACGGAACUGAUCUGAACAAAAAGAGACAACAAUUGGCACUGAGUAGAACUUAGAUUUUUGUAUUGUUUAGUGAUAUACUAUUGGGUUUACUGUUAAGUAAUUGAAAAGUAUUGACCACUCA